UCUGAUAUAAAUGGAAUACAUGGACAGGUGUGUUUGACAUGAGCCAGUUCCAGGCUUCUGCCAACAACGGGAAAGAGAUCAGUUAUACAAAGGGGAAGACUGAUGCAAAUCUUUGUUUCACUAAACAGAACUUUUCUGACUUCCUAUUUCGCUGGUACAUGGAAAAGGGCAAAAGAGGGAAGCUACUGUCACCACCAGUCUCCCAACAUGCAAACCUGGCCAGCUUCCUGCAGUCCCACGAACAUCUCAGCUGGCUUCAUGAGAUUAAUGUCCAGAAUUUUGAAAAGGCUUACAGGACAUUACUCAAUCUUGCCAACAUGGAGACACGAUAUUUUGCCAAGAAGAAAACUCUCCUGAGUCUCAGUAAACUGUCAGCGUUUGCUUCUGAUCUCCCUGAUGACCAUUUGCAAGAAAAAAUGGAGGAGUUGACUGUGCAGGAGCGGUAUUUGCUUCACCAGGAGACCUUGCCAAUGGAACUGAUAACUAAGAAACAACUCAACGUAGACACCAUGCCUGUAUUAAAUGCUUUACAGCUGAUCCAUCUUUACAUCAGUGAUGACAACAUAAAAGCAAAUGAGUAUGAUUUCAAGAAGGCACUUGAUCUCCUGGAAUUUGUUGAAAAGGAGGAGGGUCUUGAUGCUAAUAUCAACAUUGAGUCAUUAAAACUGGAAAUCUUCUGCCGAGCUAUUCAGAGAAACGAUUGGUCUUUUGAUGCAAAGGAUGACCCCAUUGAAGCUGCAAAGGAAACUGUACUGAUAAAGGUCAUAAAAAAGUUGGUGGAUGAAGGAGUUCAGCUGAAAUAUUAUUUGCCAGAAGUGAAGGACUUGCUGAAGUCAGAUUAUCUGUUAACCCUGAGAUCCAAUUCCUACUUCGAAUUCCUUUUACAAGCAAUCUAUGAACAUUAUUUAAAACUACAGUCCUGAUUGCCUUGAUGUGUCAUCUCCAUAUUCUGCUGUAUUUUUAAGAUUCUUCACUCCGCUCAGGAGCUGCAGAUAAGCAACCUGCAAUGUUUUUAAACUUUUGUAUAAAAUAAAUGAAUUAAUUUGUGCUUCUAA